CACGCUCCACUUUCUCUCUCUGUGCCCUCUCUCGCUUUACCAUCCGGUUGUUUCGGCGGCGGCGAUGGCGGCGGAGGACGUGGAGUUCGUGGACUACGAGCGGGACGACGGCGACGAGGACGACGAGGGGAUGGAGGACGGGGAGGUCUCGGCCCGCGCGCUCCCCGUGCCCCACAUCGCCGCCCCCGCCGUGCCGCGCACCAGCAGGGGCCGCUUCGUCGGCCGCAGCCGCUCCGUCAUCGCCUCCACCCGCGACCGCUUCGACUCCCUCCCCUUCGCCGGCACCUCCGCGCACGGCGGCCCGCAGCGCUCAAUUGAAGGAUGGAUAAUAAUUGUCUCAGGAGUCAAAGAAGAUGCAGAAGAAAGUGAUCUGUAUGAUGCUUUUGCUGAGUUUGGUGAGGUCAAGGACUUGCAUCUCAACCUGGAACGCCGCACUGGAUAUGGCAAGGGAUAUGCAUUGGUUGAAUAUGGAUGUUUUGAGGAAGCACAAACUGCAAUCAGAAGUAUGAAUGGGACACAGCUGUUAACAAAGACCAUCCAUGUUGAUUGGGCAUUCAACAGAGGUCCUAUACAGAACGUCACAAGUGCACGGCCAGCACAGCGACGGUCUAGGACUCCGCCUCGCAGGCUUGCUGCCAUGACAUACUGAGAGGGAGCUGCUAGGCCUGCAAUCUUGGGCCAGCCUUGGUCAGUGAUUUUUUGGUAGUCGCCAGGGAUUUGCCAUGUCAUAGAUUUUAGUCUUAACCAUCAUCUUCCGACAGUAAGCGGUAAUCUGAACCAGAGUAUGUAUCGUCCAGAAAACCGAGUCCUGAUUCUGCUAGCCUUGCUACGCUUGUACUGAGCUUGUUCAGAGGCCUGGCUCACAAAGUUUGAUAUUGAUGCAUGAUGCAAAUUGGAUGGAUCAAUCUGUUUUGUCUUU